AUGGAGAGCAAUAAGCAGCAUUUUCGUCAUAUUUUACUUUUUUACUAUAGAAAAGGUAAAAAUGCUGUUCAAGCCAGAAAGAAAUUAACCGAUGUGUAUGGAGAAGAUGUGUUGACAGUACGCCAGUGCCAGAACUGGUUUGCAAAAUUUCGAUCUGGCAAUUUUGAUGUCAAAGAUGCAUCAUGUUCUGGAAGGCCGGUUAAAGCUGAUAAAGACACGAUAAAGGCAUUAGUUGAUGCAAACCGGCGAAUAACAACACCCGUGAGAUCGGUGAGAGGCCUGGGUUUAACCUCGAAGCUCGAUAUAUGGGUUCCCCAUGUUCUCACUGAGAGAAAUUUGUGUCGUCGCGUUGACGUCUGUGAUUCGCUUCUCAAACGUCACGAAAACGAUCCAUUUUUGAAGCGCAUCAUUACUGGGGACGAAAAAUGGAUUGUAUAUAACAAUGUCAAACGCAAGAGAUCAUGGAGCAAAAAAAAAUGGAUCGGUUCAAAGCAUUUCCAAAGCCAAUAUCCAUCAAAAAAAGUCUACUGCCAUCAGCUGGACAAACUGAAUGAUGCAUUUCAACAGAAAAGGCCAGAAUUAAUCAACAGAAAAGAUGUAGUGUUCCACCAAGAUAAUGCGAGACCUCAUAUAAAUUUGACAGUAAAACCUUCACUUCAAAUGAGGAAGUCAAAAACCACCUCGAUCAGUUUUUUGCCAGCAAAGACCAAAAAUUUUAUGAGCGUCGAAUCAUGCUACUACCAGAAAGAUGGCAAAAGGAUAACUUGGUUGACAUCUGCUAUUAGGAAAGUCCAUUUGAAAGGUAACCUGAAGCUCAGGUCUAGAAGUGGUUUUUCUACAAGUACGUCUCCUAGUUUGAUUUGUUGCAUAAAAGGUCUUGUUUUUGGUCCUGGAGCAUCUAGCGAAGUUAUAACGUAA